AUGCCAACGCCCACUCCUGCCUCGCGCACGCCGCCCUACGCGUCCCGGACGCGCCCGGCUCACGCCACGCACCUGCCCCGCUGGCGUGCUCCACGGCCCCCGUGCCUCUCUCGUUGCUGCCUCGCGCCCUCGCCUCCUCUGCACCCGCGCCCUGCUCGCUCCUCGAGCUACCGCUGUGCCGCACGCGUAGUGCCUGAUGCUGCGGCCGCCGCCGCCCCGCGCCGUGGCCUCGCGCUCACCACCCCACUCCCGGCGACCGCCCUGCUCCAUCGCCGGCCCUGGCCGAGGCCCCCCUGCUAUGCGGGCGUGCCCAGCCGAGGCCACGGCCUCGCCCUCGAUGGGCGCCUGCAACCGCGCCCGAGACCCGCGCCCGUUCGCCCGCUAGGGCUCCCCCAGCUGCGCCACGCCGAAUCACCCAAGCCCUCUGCUUGUGCCGAGACCACCAGCAGCCGUGCGCCUCCUCCCUCAUCCCAGGGGAGCACCGUCCUCCCCGCGCCUGUCCCGUGCGCCCGGCGCGACGCCGGCAAGCAGCAGCAGCAACCAGGUCACGCCGUCGCUCCCCAUGUCUUCUCUCUUUUCCCCGCUACUCCUCUUGAACCUUCCCCGCCGUGGCCGCCUAUCUGCAGGUCGCCGACGCACGCGACGGGAUCAAGCCGCUGGGGCUCCUGCUCCAGCCCUGCGUCCCCUUCCCCCGCGUCGUUCCCGGACGGCCACCUCGCUAGCAUCCCAGGGCCCGAGCUUCGUCGCGCCAUGCCCGCCUCGCCUCUGCUUCCUGUUUCUCUGCAUCGAAGUAGUGCAGAGGAGGACAAGCACCUCGACCCCGCCUCUCCUGCCCGUUGA